AUGUACCAUGUGAAAACUAUUGAAGCUUUUACGGUGAAAGAAGUGCAUCAGUUACCUGAACUAAUUCUUGUACGUGUCCACGACUGUGAAGACACACUGGCCAAUGGUUAUCCGCCUGGUGUCAUUGGAAUCCCAGUACUCAAUGAACAAAUUAAGCUCUCGAAAUUCAAGAAUGUGCCACGUUCGUCUAUUACUGUACGUCAGUUUCCUGUAGUCCCAGCUUUUUCCUGCACUGCUGAAAAACUACAAGGGAAAACUUGCAAAGAUGGCGUCACGGUGACACCUCUUGAACGCCCAGGGAUCCCCACACAGUCAGAAUACGUGGCACUGUCUCGAACCAUAUCACUCAAUAAACUAACACUGACAGAAGAAAUCACACCGGAGUACAUGGCAAAGUUCAAGCCUCCAUCUGAUACAGCAGCGCGGAUGAUCCGACUCCAGAGUCAAAUACAGCUAUAG